ACAGUCGCAGCAGCUGCUGCUGCUGGCGGCUCCUCCGGCGACCCGCAGUCGGGCGACAUCAGCUCGCACAACCUGGCCGCGGUGUCCCGCAUGGCGCCGCAGCAGGUGGCGGAGGCCCUGCAGGAGCUCUCCUCGCGACUCAGCCCGCAGACUCUGGAGUUCCUGCGGCGACGGGGCGCGGCGCGACUCGGCGCGGCGGGAGCGACUCAGUCGGUGGCACCGCAGCAGCAGCAGCAGCAGCGGUAUGCUGCCGAGCAGCAUGCUGCAGGUGGGGGAGGUGGGGGGCCGCUGGCGGGUAGCCGUCGUGCGGCAGCGCUAGCAGUGGCCGGUGUCGAGCCCGCCAGCUGCUCCUCUCAGGAGGCUGGCAAUGCAUUGAUUGACUCGGCGCUGCGGGCACUCACUACCGCACCGGGUGCUGCGGGUGCGGGUGCGGGUGCAGCAGCAGGAGGAAGAGGAAGAGGAGGAGGGGGCUUGCUGGCGUCCGUGGCGGCGCCCGGCAGUGCGGUGGGCGCACUGCCCAUUGGUGCCCUCGCGGCAGCACAGCAGCAGCAGCAGCGAGCACAGCAGCACCAGCAGCAGCAAGGAUCAGGGGUGCAGGGAGUGGGAGGAGAAAGGGGAGGUGGCAGCGGAGGUACAGCUGGGGCUGCGGCGGAGCAGAAAGGGAGCAGCGCUGGUGGUGGUGGUGGUGGUGCGACCCGUGGGUCACCCGCUGACCCGCGGCUGGUGGCGCGGCUGCGGUUUGACCUGGACGGCUCGGUGGUGGACGUGCAGGGGCCGGAGGAGACGUUUGUGGAGGAGGAGGUCCUGCUCCGCGAUCAGCUCCGGCGCGAUGAGGGCGCCGCCCCCCCCGGCUACACCCUGGG